UCCUUUUGCAUUCCUCUCGUUAUUCCGUUGUUCGGCUAGACUCACUGGAUUUCAAUUCUCUACGGCUCGCUUUUCCUCUCUUUCUGACCUAACGAUCACAUUUUCCAAUCCGAACCCUCCGGCGAAGGAGAAGUCCUUCAGAUUGAAUAUUAAUAAAAGCCGAGAAAAUCUUCGUUUCGUCUGCUUUUUUCUUAACGAAGUAUCUCGCUCUUCUGUUGCGAAUACUGAGAUUGAGUUCGAGGGGGGGAAUAUAUAACAUUGGGAGUGGGAUAGAGAGAUAGAAAGAUGGUGGUGAGGAAAAUAGGGAAGUACGUGGUGGGGAGGACGAUUGGCGAAGGAACCUUUGCCAAGGUGAAGUUCGCUCAGAACACGGAGACUGGUGCGAGCGUAGCCAUGAAAGUUAUCGAUCGUAAUACCAUUAUCAAGCGCAAGAUGAUUGACCAGCUCAAGAGGGAGAUAUCUAUAAUGAAGCUUGUCAGACAUCCUUAUGUUGUUCGUCUUCAUGAGGUUCUAGCAAGCCGUACUAAGAUUUAUAUAAUCUUAGAGUUCAUUACAGGUGGUGAAUUGUUCGAUAAAAUAGUACGUCAUCGACGACUUAGUGAAGCCGAGUCCCGGAGAUACUUUCAGCAGCUCAUUGAUGGUGUGGAUUUUUUCCACAGCAAGGGAGUCUUCCAUAGAGACUUGAAGCCUGAAAAUCUUUUACUGGAUUCUCAAGAAAACAUCAAGAUUUCAGAUUUUGGUUUGAGUGCAUUUCCAGAACAAGGAGUUAGCCUCCUUCGAACAACAUGUGGGACUCCCAACUAUAUAGCACCUGAGGUUCUUGGUCACAAGGGUUAUGAUGGUGCUGCGGCGGAUGUUUGGUCCUGUGGCAUCAUCCUUUACGUUCUGAUGGCAGGAUAUCUUCCAUUUGAUGAGUAUGAUCUCACCACGCUAUAUAGUAAGAUUGAGAAAGCAGAAUUUUCAUGUCCAUCUUGGUUUCCAGUUGAAGCAAAAUCCUUGAUUCAUAGAAUUUUAGACCCAAAUCCUCGAACUCGUAUUACUAUUGAACAGAUCAGGAAUGAUAAAUGGUUUGAGAAGGGUUAUGUUCCUGUCGGACUUCUUGAAUAUGAAGAUGUAAACCUUGAUGAUCUAGAUGCCAUUUUUUAUGAUGGAAAGGAACAAAAGGCUAAGAAGCCAUGUGAGCCAUGUGGGAAGGAUGGCGUGGGUCCUUUGAUUCUUAAUGCCUUUGACUUGAUAAUUUUAUCUCAAGGACUAAACCUUGCUUCGCUGUUUGAUCGUGGCCAGGGCUUUAUGAAGCAUCAUACACGCUUCGUUUCACAGAAGCCCGCAAAGGUCGUUUUAUCAAGUAUGGAAGUUGUUGCUCAAUCAAUGGGUUUUAAAACUCGCAAAUGCGCCUGUAAGAUGAGAGUGGAAAGUCUUUCAGCAAAUAAGAAAAGUCAAUUCUCAGUUAUUCUGGAAAUUUUUGAAGUUGCUCCGACAUUUUUAAUGGUGGAUAUUCAGAAAGCAGCUGGAGAUGCUAGUGAAUAUCUCAAGUUUUACAAGAAUUUUUGUUGCAAUCUCGAGGAAAUCAUUUGGAAACCAACUAAUGAUUCAAGCAUAUCAAAGAUCACCAAUCCAAAGAGUAAAAAACGUUGAUUUUGUUUCCUGUGACAAAGAUGAUGUUGCAGAGGGUAAUCUGGGAUUGAUCCAAAAGGACACUCAGACAUCACAACAUUGAGGUUAGGAUUACAGCCGAUCUAACUGCACUUCAAUCAUUCAUUCCAGUGACCGCUCCUCCCUCCUGCCAACGAGAGAGAAAAGAGAGAAGAAUUACAGAGAAAGAGGAAGCAAGUGGGGUAAAAGUCUACUUAUCUUAGUUUAUUGAUUCGCCAGCCAAUCUAUGGAUUAACGGAUUAGAUUGUUGAUGAAACUAAACGAAUGUAUCUUAUAAUCUUAAAUGAAAAAUCAUAGUUUAAGUUCAGAACU